AUGGAAGGAGGAAAUCAGGUGGCGGGUAUACAAGAGCCAAAUGAAAAUAGAAAAGAAGAAGAAGAAGAAUCCGCGAGGGAACCACCUCAGGUGAGUGAUCAUACGAGCGAAUCACUCGUUGACCCUCCGAGAGAACCUGAAAUGACAAGAUUUAAAAGAUUAUUGUAUCGGGGAAUGAACGGUCGGGCAGUUUACGUUUGUUUGCUUCUUUUGUUCGUGACGGAAUUAGUGCUUUCUUAUUUUUUAUACGAAUACAUAUCGACGGUAGAAAAAAUGUGUUUGGCCAUGGAUUUCGAAGUGUUGCCUACGAAAUCGGUGAGGAAAAAACGAAAUCCUAUUCUAUUGGAAGAUAACGCGGUUACGUCGUCGGAUGAUGCCGUUGUCGAGUUUUUUAAUCCAAAGUUAAAACAAGAAUUGAGCGAAAAAGGUGGUAGUAAACACGGUAGUGGUGGUGGUGGUGGUAAUAGUGGUAAUAGUGGUGGUAAAUAUAAAAGUAGUGGUUUUAACAAAGGUAGUAUUGAUUACGAUAGUGAAAGUGGUCCUACUCCAGCUUCGGAAAAUGCGGCAAAUGAUCCUUACGUUUGGCUUACAUCUUACUCCAGAAUUCCGUUUGAACGUUGCGUCUUUUGCAUUCGUAAUAGUAUAUCUUUUCAAAAUGAUAUUAUUAUCAUAUAA